AGAGAGGCCCCGGUCAGUAGCCAGAUGUGAGCUGCGAGGAUCGAACUGGCAGACUGCACUGAACAUCGCUACCCAUUGGACCAUCCACUGUCUGCCUUCCUGAGUUCCAGGCGACAGAGGACAGGUGGCCCUACCCUUGGCCAAGGGUAGGUGUGGCACUGCUGGCUGCAGCCGCCGUGCCCUCCUCAUUGGCCUCCACGCAGCCAGACCGGAGGAGCGCCGGCCCUCCGAGCCCCCGACCUGACCCCGGGCCAUUCACCAGGACCAUGGGGCUCCCCAGUGUCCAGCUCCAGCUGGUGCUGCUGUGGGCACUGGUGUGGGCACAGGUGGCAGGGUCUGCGUGUCCCUCCUGUGGGGGCCCCGCGCUGGCACCCCACCCAGAGCGAGCUCUGGUCCUCAAGCUGGCCAAGCAGCAAAUCCUCGAGGGGCUCCAGCUGACCAGUCGGCCCCGGAUGACCCAUCCUCCACCGCAGGCGGUGCUCACCAGAGCCCUCCGGAGACUGCAGCGGGGAAGAGUGGUUCCAGCGAAUGGGGAGCAGGUCAUCAGCUUUGCUGUCCUCACAGACUCCUCCACCGCCACCUGCAGCUCCACGCUCGCCUUCCACCUGUCCGCCCCUCGGUCCCACCACCUGUAUCAUGCUCGCCUGUGGCUAUCCGUGCCCGCCACCCUUCCCGGCCCUCUUUCCUUGAGGAUUUUCCGAUGGGGGGGCAGGAGGAGAGGCCGCGGGUCCCGCGUCCUUCUGGCUGAGCACCGGUUGACAACCCCAGGCUGGCACGCCCUGACUCUGCCCUCUAGCGGAUUGAAGCGCGAGGAGUCUGGUGUCUUGAAACUCCGACUGGCCUGCAGUCCCCUAGAAGGCAACUGCACUGUCGCCCCACAGCUCCUGGACAUGGCAGGAGAGCAACGGCCCUUCCUAGAACUUAAGACCCGGCCCAAAUGGCCUGGGGCAGGCCGCGCCAGGAGGAGGACCCCCAGCUGCGAGCCUGCGACCCCCUUGUGCUGUCGGCGAGAGCAUUACGUAGACUUCCGGGAGCUGGGGUGGCGGGACUGGAUCCUGCAGCCCGAGGGGUACCGGCUGAAUUACUGCGGAGGCCAGUGUCCCCCCCACCUGGCUGGCAGCCCCGGCAUCGCCGCCUCCUUCCAUUCUGCUGUCUUCAGCCUCCUCAAGGCCAACAGCCCCUGGCCCUUGGGUACUUCCUGCUGUGUCCCUACUGCCCGAAGGCCUCUCUCUCUCCUCUACCUUGACCGUGACGGCAACGUGGUCAAGACAGAUGUGCCAGAUAUGGUGGUAGAGGCCUGUGGCUGCAGCUAGCAAGAGGACCUGGCGGUCCGGAGUGAAGAGAUCAACCUAGGGUCCCCAGGCAGAGGGCCUCUGUGGCUGGAGGCAUCAGGUUCCUCACCUUCACCUCCACCCCAUGGGUCAUCUGGCAAUAUGACUGGAUUGACCCCUCUGAGACCCAAAUGGGCACUUCUGUGUCCAGUCUCUGGCCCAUUUCAGGCUGGUUGAUAUGUGGGGGAGAUGGGGAAAGUGUGUCCUAUAAAGGAGUCUAUCCAGAAAGCGUGAGUUCCUGCCCUAAGCUGUCCGAGAAGACGGGAGGAAGUGUGGGAAGGAGAGGCAGGGAAAAAUCCCUCAGCCUCUCCAGAGAAGAGAAGGUCCUCAAGCAAGGGACGGAAGAAGCAACCAAGAGCCCAGCAGCCUUGGGAUGGGGGAGGCGGUCUGGCCAAGGGCGGUGGCUGUGGAAGUGCUAGAAGGCAGGCGCAGCAGGGACCUGGGCAAGGGGCGAGGGGAGGUGUUUAGGAAAGCCCCAGAAAUGGGAGUCCAGAGAGAGUGGCGCUAAGCCUGAGAAGUUUUCUGGUUUUUCU